AUGAAUUUUCACUACUACACACUCCUCUUUACCAUUCUCUUGGCUUCUUGCGAAGCCAAGAGAAUAAUCGGCAGCAUCAGCCGAAGAACCAUAACUGUCGACCUCAUCCACCGCGACUCCCCACACUCCCCCUCGUACGACCCCACCAAGACCCGUUUCGACCUGCUGAGCUCUGCCUUUGACCGGUCAACUACCCGCCAGUCUUCCCUCAACCUCCGCAAGACGACCGCGGCCUUCCCUUCCGGAAAGGCCAUGGCUGGCCUCUCGGCCCCCAUCACAUCCAACGGCGGCGAAUACCUGAUGAAAAUAGGGAUCGGGACCCCGCCAAUCGAGAUCCUUGCCAUCGCCGACACGGGGAGCGACCUCACCUGGACCCAGUGCCAGCCAUGCUCCGGCUGCUACGACCAGCAGGACCCGCUCUUCGACCCGCGCGGCUCCUCCACGUACCGCGCGACGAGCACGAUCAUGUUCGGGCCGGGCUCGUCGGUCGACGGACCCGGGGUCGUCUCGACCCCGCUCGUGAAGAAGGAGCCCCCAACGUUCUACUACCUCACGCUUGAGGGCGUGAGCGUCGGGACGGGCCGGGCCAGUCCCGGCCCGGAGGUGGAGGAGGGGAACAUCAUAAUCGACUCUGGGACGACGCUAACGUUCUUGCCGCCAGAGAUUUACGGGCGGCUGGAGGAUGAGGUGGCGGGGGCCGUGAAGGGGAGGAGGGUGGAGGGCCAGAGGGGGAUGUUCGGGCUUUGUUACGAGAAGGAGGAGGGGUUCCGGGCCCCGCCGAUGGUGGCGAAUUUCCGAGGUGGAGCUGCCGUGGAGCUGCCGGCGGAGAGCACGUUUUUGGAGGUGGAGGAAGGGGUGCUCUGCCUCACGCUGGUGCCGGCGAGGGGCGAAAUCGCGAUUUUCGGGAAUUUGCACCAGAUGAACUAUAGGGUUGGGUAUGAUAUUGAUGGGGGGAAGGUGGAUUUUCUGAGGACUGAUUGUGGAAAGGAAGGGUGA